AAAAUUAGCAGCCCUAUUCAAAUUUCUAACCAAAUUGGACUUGGCAAAGUGGAUAAUUGGGUCCCUCAAAACCAAUCAUCCCCUAUAGGCUAUAGGCUAUAUAUAUAUAUCCACAAUCUCUCCUUUUUUUUCAGUAAGCAAAAACAACCAGUAAUAAUGGAGAACAAAGCAAACAUAGUGGCAUCUCUUAUGGCAGUGAAACAAAAAUCAGGCAAGACAUUUAGUCAGAUAGGAGAAGAAACUGGUCUAACAAAUGUGUAUGUUGCUCAACUUUUGAGACGACAAGCUCAGCUUAAACCUGAUACUGCUCCAAAGCUUAAGGCUGCACUUCCCCUCUUAUCUGAUCAACAACUUCAUCAAAUGAUGGAGGCACCCUUGAGGUCUUAUGAUCCUAACUUGAUUCAAGACCCCACUGUUUACAGAUUGAAUGAAGGUGUCAUGCACUUUGGUGAGAGUAUCAAGGAAAUUAUCAACGAAGAAUUUGGUGAUGGCAUCAUGUCAGCUAUAGACUUUUUCUGCUCAGUUGAUAAAGUCAAAGGUGUGGAUGGGAAGGAUCGGGUUGUCGUGACUUUUGAUGGAAAGUAUCUGCCACACACUGAGCAGAAAACUGAGCAUAUGGUGUCAAGGUUAAUGCGAACGGAAUAAGCAUAGUUACUAUAAGCUGUUUGUUGCAAACUGUUACUCUUUUUUACCAAUAAAGAAUGAUUAUGUACUUGUGGCUGAAUAAUGUUCACUCAUUGGUCGAGUUUUGAAAUGUCAAAUCCCAAGAUAUGGUAUUUAUAUGUA